GCCUUCCAGUAAGAUGGGGAAGGGUCUGGAGACGGCGAGCUGUAGCCUGGGGCUAGGAUACAUCCUUCAGAUGUGCUUCCUACCUGCCCUGGCUAUACUCAGUGCCAGCAGCACCUUCGCAGCUCAAGAAUUUCCCAGAUCCAGCCUGCAGGACCCCCGAACAGGUCGGUUUUUAGAGCAACUAGAUGAUGAUUUCUUUCAUGAGCUACCAGAGACAUUUCCAUCGGAUCCUCCAGAGCCGUUGCCUCAUUUUCUCAAUGAGCCAGAAGAAGCCUACAUUGUGAAGAACAAACCCGUUAACUUGUACUGCAAAGCAAGCCCUGCCACUCAAAUCUACUUCAAGUGCAACAGUGAAUGGGUUCAUCAGAAGGAUCACGUGGUGGACGAAAGGGUGGAUGAAACCUCAGGUCUUAUUGUACGAGAAGUUAGUAUCGAAAUAUCAAGGCAACAAGUGGAGGAACUGUUUGGACUUGAAGAUUACUGGUGCCAGUGUGUUGCCUGGAGCUCUGCGGGCACAACCAAGAGCAGAAAGGCAUAUGUCCGAAUAGCAUAUUUGAGGAAAACAUUUGAGCAGGAGCCUCUUGGGAAGGAAGUGCUGUUGGAACAAGAAGUUCUCUUACAGUGUCGUCCACCUGAAGGAAUCCCCGGAGCUGAGGUAGAGUGGUUGAAAAACGAGGACGUGAUAGACCCGGUGGAGGAUCGAAAUUUUUACAUCACAAUUGAUCACAAUCUCAUCAUCAAACAAGCAAGACUUUCAGAUACCGCCAAUUACACGUGUGUCGCCAAAAACAUUGUUGCCAAAAGGAGAAGUACCACAGCCACAGUUAUUGUUUAUGUUAAUGGUGGUUGGUCCACUUGGACAGAAUGGUCUGCGUGCAGUAAUCGCUGUGGAAAAGGAUACCAGAAACGUACAAGAACGUGCACAAAUCCUGCUCCACUAAACGGAGGAGCCAACUGCGAGGGACAAAAUGUUCAUAAGAUAAGCUGCACCACACUGUGCCCAGAGGACGGUGAAUGGACAGGAUGGAGCAAAUGGUCAACUUGUGGGACAGAGUGCACACACUGGCGCCGAAGAGAUUGCACAAAUCCCCCACCCAGAAAUGGUGGCCGCGACUGUGAUGGUCCUGUGCUUCAGUCUAAGAACUGCACCGAUGGUUUGUGUAUGCAAAGCCUGACAUACCCUAUAUCACCUCGAACCCAUGAACAGAAAACGCAGAAUGAAUAUGGAUAUUCUUCUGCUCCAAGUUCAGACAAUGUAGCCCUUUAUGUUGGCAUUGUGAUUGCCGUGAUUGUGUGCCUAGCCAUUUUAGUCAUCGUGGCCUUGUUUGUGUAUCGGAAAAACCAUCGUGGAUUUGAGUCGGAUAUCAUUGACACCUCCGCACUAAAUGGAGGAUUUCAAGCUGUCAACAUCAAAGCUGCCAGACAAGAUCUUCUGGGAGUUCCACCUGAUCUAACAUCUGCCGCAGCGAUGUACAGAGGACCUGUCUAUGCUCUUCACGAUGUGUCUGAUAAGAUCCCAAUGACAAACUCUCCUCUACUUGACCCUCUUCCCAAUCUGAAAAUCAAAGUGUACAACUCAUCAGGAGCUGUCACGCCACAAGAUGAUCUCUCUGACUAUGCUUCGAAGUUAUCGCCACAAAUUACUCAGUCUCUGUUGGAGAAUGACACUCUUAAUAUGAAGAACCAAAGUCUUGCACGACAAACGGAUCCAUCAUGUACCGCUUUUGGCACAUUUAAUUCACUUGGAGGGCAUCUGAUUAUCCCUAAUUCAGGAGUGAGCCUUCUGAUUCCUGCUGGGGCAGUUCCACAGGGAAGAGUAUAUGAAAUGUAUAUGACUGUGCACAGGAAAGAGAACAUGAGGCCUUCCAUAGAAGACAGCCAAACCCUCCUGACUCCAGUAGUGAGCUGUGGGCCCCCAGGAGCGUUGAUGACGCGGCCUGUUGUUAUCACAAUGCACCACUGUGCAGAAGCCAACGACGAUGACUGGAAAAUCCAGCUGAAGGAGCAAUCUGUCCAAGGACACUGGGAGAAUGUCGUAGUAGUUGGGGAAGAGAACUUUACCACACCCUGUUACAUCCAACUGGAUUCAGAAGCCUGUCAUAUCCUCACAGAAACUCUUGGCACCUAUGCACUGGUUGGACAGUCUACCAGCAAAUCAUCAGCCAAAAGACUGAAGCUGGCUAUCUUUGGGCCAACAACAUGUACCUCUCUGGAAUAUAACAUUCGGGUCUACUGUUUAGAUGAUACUCAGGAUGCCCUUAAGGAAGUGAUACAACAGGAACGGAAGGUAGGGGGCCAGUUACUGGAUGAACCUAAAACUCUACAUUUUAAAGGAAGCACUCAUAAUCUACGUCUAUCAAUCCAUGAUAUUCCCCAUGCGUCCUGGAAGAGCAAACUGGUAGCAAAGUAUCAGGAAAUUCCGUUUUCUCACAUCUGGAGCGGAUGUCAGAGGAACUUGCUCUGCACGUUCACCCUGGAACGCUUCAGCCUGAGCACGGUCGAUUUAUCCUGCAAGCUUUGUGUCCGACAGGUCGAGGGAGAAGGACAGAUCUUUCAGCUUAACUGCACAGCCUCAGAGGAGCCGAGCUGUAUUAUUGAUUUCCCACUCAUGGAUUCAGCAAGUACCAUAACUACCAUAGUAGGACCAAGCGCUUUCAGCAUCCCUCUAGCUAUUCGGCAAAAACUCUGCACUAGUCUUGAUGCUCCUCAGACUCGGGGUCACGACUGGAGAAUGCUAGCCCACAAACUCAAGUUAGACAGGUAUCUUAAUUAUUUCGCUACGAAGCCAAGCCCCACCGGAGUGAUCCUAGAUCUGUGGGAAGCUCAGAACUACCCUGAUGGAAACCUUAGUACUCUGGCUGCAGUCUUGGAGGAGAUGGGUAGACAUGAAACAGUGGUAUCUUUGGCAGCAGAAAGGAAAUAUUGAUUUAUUCUAUCUCUCUCAUGGAAAAGGAGGAAGCUAAAAGAGAUCACUGACACACCACGUGAACAUUACCAAGAAAAAAACACAAAAUAAGAACAUACUACAUGAGAAUGAUGACCAAUGAGUUUUACUUAUAUUAAAAAAGACUUUGAUAGAAGCCUUUCUUGUAUAUGAACACACAAAUCGAAAAAAAAAACAAAACAAUGAAAGCUGUAUCUUGAAUAUUAUAAACCAACCUGAUCAUUCAGUGUG